UCUGUGGUAAAAUUGUUGUGAGUCAAGUUGUUCGUCGGUGUUUUAUUGCAUUUUGCUUUCAAAUUCUGUUGCUUAUAUCGGAAAUUGAUUUUGCAAAUAAUGUAAAAUGGCUAUAAACUUGGAUAAGCACAAAGACGCUUUAAUAGCAGCAUGGAAGGACGUAUUAGACGAGAAAACGGAAACCAACUGGGCAUUAUUUGGAUAUGAUGGCCUAACAAAUGACCUAAAAUUUGUCAGCAAAGGAGACGGUGGGCUGAUUGAACUCAUAGAUGACUUCAAUAGUGGUAAAAUACAGUAUGCCUUUCUGAAGGUGGAUGUGCCCAAUGGCAGCAUAUCUAAGUAUGUGCUUAUCAACUGGCAGGGCGAAGGCGCGCCAACAGUCCGUAAAGGUACAUGUGCAAACCACAUCAAGCAUAUUGCUCAAUUCUUCACUGGAUUCCACAUGACCAUGCACGCAAGGACUGAGGAUGACCUUGAUGAGAAGGUCAUCCUCGACAAGUUGUCUAAAGCCGGGUCAGCUUUCAACUUCAAGCAGUGUCGACCUGAAGAAGUACCUCCAAGUGGACCAGUUGGCACUACUUAUAAGAAAGUCAAUCCAGUUCAAGAAAUCAAUUCUAAAGAACGCGAUCAGUUCUGGCUGAAAGAAGAGCAAGAGGAAAAGAAAAGGCUAGAAGCUGAAAGGAAGAGAAGAGAAGAGGAAAAAAGAAAAGCUGAAGAAGAUGUUAGGAGACGAGACGAGCUGGAGGCGGCUAGGAGAGAUAGGAAAUCUGAACUUAAAAAGGAUAGUCCAGAAGCGACUAGUCCCACUGGGCUGAAUGCCAGCGAAGCAUUACGAAGACAGCGCUCCGCCGAGGCCAGACAACUGAUAGGGGCGUCCACAGCGGCCGCGAGGGCUUUGUUCCAGCAGAACCUGAACCAGGGACAGAUGAAUAACAAAACGAACUCCAACAUACCAGAGAAACCAGUCCGCAGUUCUGUGAUAGCACAACGCAUAAAUACAUUCACACAAAACUCACCUCCAGUCACAAGCACCCCGCCGAAAUCACCAUCGAAGAUACAACCGAAAGCCGAGCUACACGAAGAGACCACAGAGCAACCAAAACUAAGCCCUAUGAAGAACAUAGACAAAAUAAAACUCAGUCUAGAAAGUCCUUCGCAGAUACAAUACGAACCGAUUAUCGAUCCCACAGUCGAUUUAAGUCCGAGUACAGAAACCGAACCGAGCUCAUUCAGCGCUAUAAAUUACUCAGAAUACAGAGACAUAGAAGAAAACAUGAAACAGAGUGAGCCGAUGAUAAAACAGAACAUUCUAGAGAAUGACAUGUUCGACGCGUCAUAUUCGAGUUCAAACGAGAAUGAUGACGACGAUAGUGAUAAUAAAUUCAGUACUAUAAAAAGAUCGCCGUAUAGUAAGAAUAAUAUUGCUGAAGAACACAGGUCGGAAUUGAGUAGACAGAAUACGGUCAUAGAGAAUGUUAAUUUCAAGAAGGAAAAUGGCAGUGCGACGCUUGAAGAUGUAUCUCCCGAAGGAUUGGAAGAAAGCACGAUAUACGAAGACCUGGACGAGGACCCGGGUCUCACUGCGAGAGCUUUAUACGACUAUCAAGCAGCGGACGAAUCAGAGAUAACGUUCGACCCGGGCGAGCUGAUCACGCACAUAGAGCAGAUAGACGCGGGGUGGUGGCAGGGGCUCGGGCCCCGCGGGGUCUUCGGCCUCUUCCCCGCCAACUACGUCGAGCUGCUGCCCGCACAUCCGCGCUGAACUCAUUCCACUUCUCCUUCUUCUUACUAGUGUUAUUAUGUAAACAGUCUUUCUGGGCAACCACUUUCGUGAUUAAUAAAAAAUAAUAAUUGUUAUUUUAUAACGAGAAAAAAAUUUUGAAAACGGCAUAAGGACAAAUUUUUAUUUUUUUUACUUUUGGAUGUAUAUUAGUAUUUGAUUGGUUUUCAACAAAAUUAAACAAUAAAUUAGUGUUAAGAUUGUUUACAUGUUAGGACUAAGUAGAAAAAAUAGACUUUAAGCUAAUAACCCGUGGGCCCACGUUUUUCUUUCGUAUAUCGUUAUUGCGAAUACUAGUGUUAUGACUAUGUCGAAAAUCUGUCGCUCUAAAGGCAUCUGACGUGUCUUUUACGACCACCUAGCGCCAUCUAGUGGUAAGUAGUCGUAUACACGUUAUUUACCCUUCGAGCGCGGAGAUAAUACAGACAUUGAACAACAAAUAGGAUCGCAGUCAGAUCGGGCCGCGCGAGACCUGAGGGGUCAAACUAUAUAGUCAACCAGUGUGCUGGUUGAACACUGAUAAAGUGAAUGUUUUUUAAAAGCCUAUUUUGUGUCAAACUGCUGGGCAAAUGUAUAUUUUUGCUUACACAACUCUCGAUUCAUUGCGGUUUCCCGCCAUAUUGGCAAGAAGCGAUCGAUUUUGUCGCGCCAUCUUGUUCUCGGUCUGCCUCUUUGCCGCCGUCCCUCUGGUUGUAACAACGUGGCUACCUUUGCCUAUAUAUCCAGUGUAAUCCGUGCAGGAAAGUGAUCGAUUAAUAACCGAAAAUACUAGAAAUCUGUACCUACAGUUACGGCCGAGGUACAAAUACUGAAUAAGUAUAUAAUAAAAAAUCAGUAUUUGGCAUACAUUGGAAAUAAUUUUGAUUGAAAAUGUUGCUUAACGAUCUCUCUUAAAUACCACUACACGUCUAUAUAAAGAAUAUUUAUAUAACAAUGGAUAAUUUGUUAGUUACGCUCAAAUAUACUGGUCAAAUAAACAGCAAUUAAAAUUAAACACUUUCCCCGUAAUUCAUAAAAAAGUAAACAUAUAACAUACAAACAUAUAAGCUAAAAUAUGUUUUGUCACUAUCGCACUUUAUAAUAUUUGCUAUUGACAGAAAGAGACGAACCAUACUUUAGCUUAAAGUGCGUUAACUUUUUUAUGAAUAAGGGGGUUACAAGUUAAGUUGUAUAAAUAUUUAGGUUAUUAUAUUUGGGAUUUAUAUGAAAUAUGGAUGGAGUAAUUGAAAUUGCACCUUUUUCAUUAAAUUUAAGGCAAUUAUUUCAAUUAGGAACUGUUUAAUGACGUAGCCAAAUCAUCAAUGUAAAGUGAACUUAAAUGCGUCCACGGUAGACAUACUUUUCAUUGACAAUUUGUCAGCAAAUAUCUUUGAUGUUGUCAACGUAAGUGUGUCUAUAGGAGACGAUUUAAAGCUCAUUUUUAAACGAACAUCAUUUUCGUCGGCUACGUAUUUUAACGUAGGAAAAUGAACGAAGAUUUAUUGUAUUAUGAUUACGAAUGAAUACGAGACUUAAGAUCACAAUGUUUCCGCCAGAAUUUUUAACAAUAUCUGCGCUUUAUCCUAAUCUAUGCAUUUUCACGUUUUGCUUUCAUUUUUACUGAUGCAUUUUUAUAACUUUAACGUGAGAGAAAUUAGUAUUAAGAUGUAAAAUGUAAUAUUAUGAACAUAAUGUAGAAAAGUUUCCAAUAUUUUUGUCUGUUAUAAUAUUGUGUUAUGUUGCGAGUUGGUUAUAGUAGGCUUAAUUUUUUUGAUACUUUACGACAAUGUUUAUUAGGUCCCAACUAGUUUAGUCAUAUUGUUUCAAUGCGUUGUCAUUUCUUUAGUUGAGGUUAUAGUUCAAUAUCAAUUUUGAUACUUCGACUUGGCCUGCUUGCAUGUCUGACCGGGUUACAGGAACAAACUUAUCUGGUCCUGUAUGGGAGUCGCUACUGUUGAACAAAAUGACAUUUCUAGUUGCCUUUUGAAAGUUUCAAUUUUUGAUCACCGGAUCUAGUAUUGUACAUUGACAAUACCUAUAUCGAUUUAUAUUUAUACCUAUGGUUAUAUUUACCCCGAGUUUAAUCCGCAAACAUACUCUAUAAUUGUUAAUAACGAUUGUUAACCUGAGUUUAUUUAUUCAGAUCCUUUUCGGUCGGAACGCGCGCACAAUGCUGCAAUUGUCUUUUGUUUUCCAUAGAUGGCGCGCUUCCACAAUUUGCUACUGGAGUUAGGACGGUGGAAUAGUAGCGUUCGAUUAGUUCGAUAUUCGCAAUCAAUAAAUAAAUCGUUCACGUGACAAAUAUGAUAUGGCUGAUUUUAUGGAGUUUCAGACAAAACUGUCUGAAACUCCAUAAAAUCAUACAUCAGUUCAUGUUUUGCCGUCGUAAUUUUCGCCUUCCGAUUAAUUCAAGAAACUAAAAAUUCUAUAAACUGUUAACACACCUAGGUAUGUAAUCUUCAACAAGUAACGAAAAAGAUCAUUAAAGAUGUGUAUAUGCAAUGAAAAUUAGAAAGUCAUUAAAUGGAAGGUUUAAAAGACAAGAAAAUAGUCUGUCAACGCAAUUUUUUUAAUGUUGUCACUUACACUAUGGGUUGCCACACGCAAAAAUAAAUAAACAUUCAUUUAUGUACUAUAAUAACGAUGCUGUGCAAUACAAAGUGAUAAUAAAAAGGCCUAAUUUAAUCUGAAGUGUUGUCUAAUUCACAAAAUCAAGAAUAUUGCAGUUGAAUACCCGUGUGAUUUCGCAAAUAGAUUUUCGGUGAUUCAAAAUGUUUAUUGUAUUUUUGUGCAAGCUGCAUAGUGUCAACAACGUUUAGAUUAGGUACCUACUAAUUUAAUUGGACUGCUUUAAUUUUAGUCUAGACUGCUUUGUAUAGACUUUACAUGUAGUGUAAUACGAAAAAUUAUUUUUUAUUAAGUAAUUUAUACAAAAUGUAAUUUAAUUAGAAUGAAUUAUCGAAAUUCUUUUGGCCAUAUAAUUUAAUCCUCGUAUUAAAGAUAUUUGUAUUAUUGUAUUGUGAAAAUAAAAAAACUUUUGUAAGAAUAUUCAAUAUCGUGUCUUGGUAGUGCCAAUUGAUGUACUAAUAAUAUAUUCGUAAGUUUUGUAAUAUCUGAGGCCGAUGCGCGAGUUUGCAAUUCACUUGUCACUUCAUUUCUUCAAAUCUUUUUGCAGUGAGACCGUAGUAUAAAACAAUAACAAUGUGGCAUUGUGACAGCGCGACAGCUCUCACUGCGAAAAUACUCAUUGUGAAUUGCAAACUCACACUACGGCCACUGAACACAAUUAAUAAUAGUCACUGAUAAACACACGUCUGUCACACUUUACACGUCAGUUGACUUAAUUUAAGGGUUUCCUCAUAUACAUCGGCACAAAAUCAGUUUCCAGAUAUUUGAAGUGUUUUCAUCCAAAAAUGUUUCCAACUCUAACGUGAAAACUACAGGAAAUUAAUGUGAAUAGGAAUCGCAUCGAGAUGGAAAUGUCGUUGCUUAAAAAUGCUUUUGAAUAAAUGAUGGAAUGCCUUGACUCAAUAGCAUAAAGUCGACUUUUAAAUGAAAGAUCUUGUCUCGAUCAAAAAUCUUUUACCACUUAUCUGUUUCCGUGUUGAUAUAUAAAUAUGAUGAGACCCUUAUAUUGUUAAAAAAUACCUACUUAGUACAGUGGUACUACGUAGGUAUUUUUUGACAAUUAAAAUGACUUAAAGAUUUUGUGAGAUUUUAAUGACUUCAAAUUUUGAAUGAAAACACAAAAUAUGUUAGUUUAAAAUGGCACAUUAUGUAGUGAGUUAUUACAUUAUGUAGUAUUGGAAAGGCACAAAAUAGGGUCACAAUAUUUUGUAGAUUUAAAUUGAACGUCUCGUAAUAUUCGUUAUGACUAGAAUUAGUUUCUCAAUGAUUUUGUUACUUUUUUCAGCUUAUUUAUUAUAACACGAUGUAAUUGUACAGCAAUUAUGUAAAUUAUAGUAUUUAAAUUAACUACCUAUAAUAUAACAUAUAGCACACUUUUUGUGAGAGAUUUGUACACACAGUCGUCCAGAUUGCUUUUUGAAUAGUUUCCGAAAUUUAUUUCAGAUGAAAUAAUGAAUGAAUCACAAUAUUUUAAGAUUCUAAACACAAAAUGAAUUUAAUUUAUUUAUCUUAGUAUAAAGCGAAAGAAAUUGUAAAGUCUAGUGCUCCUUUUAUUAUUUACAUUACGAUUUAAAGCGUUUUGAAUUUCAUUCAGUCGAAUAUCGAUGAAUUCGUUCUUUCCAGCAAGUGGAAGGGGUUCCAAAUGAUUGUGUGUGCAGCUCCUGGUGUGGAUGCGCCCCAAUAGGUAUUACAUAAGACUAAGCUUCGCCUUUAUCCUUCUAUACAAAUAGUUGUAAGCCCUUAUUAUGAGAUGUAUUUUUCUUAUUUAGUUGAUACAAUUAUGUCCUCAUGUAUACAGUGUAUUUGCAAUAUAUAAUUAUUUUUAUGUGUAUGGUGCUCCAUUGUAUUAUAGGUUUACAUUUGUAUCCUACUAUUUUAAAAAUAAACAAGUCCUACGAUUCCAGA